UCUUUUCCGAACCGUAAUCAGAGCCUUUAAGGAUUCUGACCUCAAUAAAAUCAACCUUAGCUAUUUCGAGGGUGUAUCAUGUAGCUACUGUGUGUCAACCAUUGUCUAAACCAUAUUUAUGGUGUCUGCAGAAAGACCUAAUUGGUUUUGUUGUCAUUCAGUGGAACUUCUCUGUAGGUUCAGUGGUUUUGGUUUCCAGGGACACUGAAACACCGUAGCACCUAUUUGUGUCACAAUCAAAGUUUUCCGAAGUUAGGAACAGGACAGUUGCUGGCGAUUCAGUAUGUAUUUUGUGCUGGUGUAACAUUAAAUAUAGAGCUCUUGGUGUUUUUAUUUACUCUGUUUACCACUGUCAUAACGCUCUCAGCUUUCUGAGGGCCGAUCCUGUCAUCAGCUGUUUGCAGCUUCCGUGAAUGACAGCGGAGCAGGAUGUCAGACAGUGGGGACCAGUCAUGUCUGAUGGUAGCAGAGGACACUGUCUCCUUUCUGUUGUGUGUAUUUCAUGCAUGGGAGGAAUGGGCUGGCCUUGGCCAGAUGGAGGACUAUCUGAGUGUUCUGGAGUACCUGCUGUGGGUCUUCACCCCUCUGGCCAUCGUCUUCAUCUUGCCAUUCCUCAUCGUCAUCCUCCUUUACCUCUCUAUACUUUUCCUUCAUGUCUAUAAGAGAAAGAAUCAGCUAAGGGAAGCUUACUGCAACAACUUGUGGGAUGGAGCCAGGAAGACCCUGGCUACACUGUGGGAUGGACAUGGAGCCAUAUGGCAUGGCUAUGAGAUCCAUGGGAUGGAGAAGAUCCCUGACAAGGGACCAGCACUGAUAGUGUACUAUCAUGGAGCCAUUCCCAUCGACUACUAUUACUUCCUGGCCAGUGUGAUCAUCCAGAAGGGACGGACAUGCCACUCUGUAGCUGACCACUUCCUCUUCAAGAUCCCAGGUUUCAAGUUGCUGUUGGAGGUGUUCAGUGUGAUCCAUGGUCCUCAGGAGGAGUGUGUGCGGGCUCUGAGGAAUGGUCAUUUGUUGGGGAUUUCUCCAGGAGGCGUACGAGAGGCUCUCUUCAGUGAUGAGACCUACCCCCUUCUCUGGGGCAAACGCAAAGGCUUUGCCCAGGUCGCCAUAGAUUCUCAAGUGCAAGUAAUUCCAAUGUUCACUCAAAAUGUGCGGGAAGGCUUCAGAUCUCUGGGAACACUCAGAUUUUUCCGCUGGGUCUAUGAGAAAUUUCGUCUCCCUGUAGCUCCUGUUUAUGGUGGAUUUCCUGUGAAAUUUCGAACCUUCCUCGGUGAUCCUAUCCCAUAUGACCCCAACAUAAACGCUGCAGAGUUGGCAGAGAAAGUACAGCAAGCUGUCCAGUCUCUGAUAGACCGGCACCAGCAGAUCCCAGGGAACAUUCUUAGAGCCUUAUGGGAGAGAUUUCACACCAAACACAAACACCAUUAACAUCAGCAGUACAACAAACUGUCCAGUGUGUGACCAGAGCCACACGUCACAACGGCUCAGAUGGCUGCAGCUUGCAUAGGUUUGGUGGCUGACAUUAUGGAAUAUUUGCACAACUUUCUUCACUGCCCCCAAAAACCACUGACUGCAGCUGCUGAGAUUCCUUUGCAUUUGUAUUGCACCUUUGUGGUAUGUGUCCUUUUGUAUAUUCAUUACAGGAUGAUAUGUUUAAAACUAGACUUCCUGGUAGUGAUGUAUGGAUCGACCCAUAACCCACCCGUGGGUCGGCUUACAAGACAAUAUUACGGGUUUGAGUGGGUGGGUCAAUAAGUGACAAAGCAGCAUUCCAAGUAAGUUAUUAUUAAUCUUUUGUGCAUUAUAGAGAGACAAAAGACUGAGGCAGAGUUCAUGUCUUUAAUGAAGGAAUAUUGUUUUGCUAAGAUGAGCACCAUUUAGAACAAUUCAUAUUUAUUUAGCCUAAAGGAAAAGAUCUUUCCAAUGCACACUUGCACAGUGUUUUAUUUUUCAAUGUUCUCAUAUCCUUUGCCUUGAUUAAUCCAUUUUAGAUAGACUAAAGAUGCACUGUGAGCUGAUUGGUUAGUUGAAAUUCUGGAUCGAUCUAAUUGGUUGUUACAGGUCGUUUCAGUUGAGUUGGUUAAGGUUUUUACUCACUAUAAAAGACUUUCUGGUUUUUGUUUGUCACUAGGGGUUCCAUGUGUCAUAGUUGUCCCAGAAACAUACACUAUGAUAGCAUUGUAUAGAUGGCAUUAACUUCUAUUUAUACCAUGGUCCCAAUUCUGAUUGGCUGCAUGGUGUUCUUAAUAAUGAUAUACAUACUAAGUAGUUAUAGGAAAACUGUCUAUUCACUGGCUCUGGAGUCCUCGAUAUUAGAAAUAAAUUACAUGGAAAUAUUUUGAAUAUCCAGUGCAGUCCUUCAGUGCCUCAUCCUCACCACAAGAUGGUGAUUUUAACAUACAACACACUGCCUCUCUGAACUUACUUUGCAGGUUGUCACGUAAAUCAUCUCACAUCUUAUUCACUCUUCAAAACACCACUUCAGGCUGUGGUCUACCUUAUGUAUGGUUUAUUCUUUGUUGGUGAAAAUCUUGAGAAUGACUUGGGGACAAUGACAAGGCUGGGUAGAUGGAUAGUCUUGUUGUUAAACAUACUGUCAAAUUAUAUUUACUGUUUGUUAAACACUUUGAUUCUUGUUAGUGUAAUAUUAGCUUUCUAGUUCAUAGCUGAGCCAGAGGUGAGUGGACUAGACAUAUCUCCCAUUGCCAAAUCACAUAAGGUUUGUCCUUUUUACUGGAGUGGUGAACAUUUGCAUAGCAUAUGAACUAUGUGGGAUGGGGAUAAUUGCUCCAGGUAUUAGUCAAACCCUCAGGUGUUACUGGAAAACUGGUAGUGUUACUGGAGUUAUUGUUUUUGAGAAACUUUCAAUUUUGAUUGCAAAAUGCAUGAAAAUAUAAAUGAAUGGGUUUUUGUUCUCUGCUAAGUGACUGUAGUAUCAGUGGGAUGAUGCUUAUGCUCAGUCAUGCAGUUAAUUCUUGAUAAUGGACACCUUGUCGGGCAUUAUACAUUGUACAUAGUGUUCAUGAUAUUGACUGUGUACUGUACAUGUAGUCCAGUGGUUUUCCCUGUCCUUUAUAGUAUAGGCAUGCAAUUAAUGUCAAUGCUUCAUGCUUCAGGCCUCUUUCUUUUUUCCUGGGAAUUGUCACAAUAUUUUUUUUUAAUUUUAUUUUAUUUUAUUUUUUUACAUAGAAUCUGAUAUGUCACUGUUAAUUCUCAGGAGAUUUGUUACUAAUUGGGGACCAAGAACCAACUGACGCAAUGGCCCUAUUUUAAGGCAAGAAAUUACUUUUUGUCCAAAAGAAUGAUAUGUUUGUUUGUUUACACAUGUGUGGCAAAAUGGAACGAUUGCAUCCCCUACAAAAUUUCAGCAAAGUAGUGUCAAGUUACAAAAUUUGGUAGCCCUCAUGGUAAGUUUCACCUUAUGUACAGAAUUUGAUAGAUAUGUUUAACAUCCCAAGACUUAAAGAAGUCUAAAGUGUCCUGGCCUGAAGACAUCUACAGGCCAAUAUUCAGUUAUAGUCAUAGCACCGCCUACUCGCAACAGGAAAUGACAUGUUUUAUACUUUGAUGUUAUUCUUCUAGUGUCUUGACCAGCCACUACCACCUAACAACAAACUGAUUAACUCUGCUGUAGGACAGAAUAUUUGGAGACAUUACCUUGCACUUCAGGCACAUAUGACAUGCAUUUUAGAACAUCUUUUGACUUUUUUUUUUUUUUUUUAAUUUUAACAAUCAGUUAUCGAAAGGAAACUCAGUUUAUUAAUCAAAAACGAUUAGCUGCUGGCCUAAAAAAAAAAAAAGGCAAUAAACUUGCUGUACCUGAAAUUGACAAGCUGACAGGACUUCACUUGUUAGAGCUGAGUCAAACUUCACAGAAGAUUGACAAACUAAUACUAGAAGUAAACCGUUAAUAAAUUAAGGUAGAAGGAGUCAAUUUUAGAAAAUGUCGUGGAGUAUAUAGAUCCCUUCUUUGUAGAAGCUCCAGAAAGUAUUCCAUAACGGUGACAUCAUCAUCAUUGUCAAAAUGCCGAUCACUGAACUCCUUCUUCGUCUUGGGAAAGCUAUAGUAGUUUGAGGGUGCCAAAACCAAAAGGUUUGCACUUUGGUAUAACUCUAAGGUACAUACAUUAAUAGCAUUUUAAUCAGGCAGCUACAACCCUGACUCCAAAAAAAAAAAAAAAUCUGUGAUU